AUGGAAGUUGACUUGUGCAAGAACUCUUCGGACGGUGAGGAUGACUAUGAGCCCCCUUCGGAUGACGACGUUGAGUCGAUUCCAGUGUGCAUUCGCCAUCCUGGUUGGACGAAUGUGAUCUUAGUGAUUGCUUAUGGCUUGGCUGGCAUCAUCUUUCUUACCACGCAACAGGGGUGGCAGGCGGAAACAGCCUUCUACGUGGUGGUGCAGAUCGUCACGACCAUUGGGUUUGGCGACAUCACGGUGACGAAAGAGGAGGAGGUCUUCAUGAUUUUUUACGUGCUUCUGGGCACUGUCCUUGUGGCGAAGGUCGUCAAUGAUGUUUCCGAAGUUUUUUUGGAAAGGGCAAGCGAGCGUGUGGAUGACGCUUUACACCGAGUGGAGGAUGUCAUAUUCACAUCGGGUGGCAACGAGCCUAAUCAUCACCAUCACCGUCAUAUUUGCCCUGCAAGGUAUCAUCAUCUCAUCUCUGCAGUUGUGAUCCAACUGAUCUUCUUGCUCGUGUGGACCUUGUUCUUUGGCUUGUACGAAGGCUGUACCUGCUCCUACGGCUACACGCUGGUGGAGGGCUGUGUAGAGGAGAGGUGUGAGGAGACGGGAGGGACGACGAAAACACUCUUGGAUGCAGUCUAUAUGGGGGUUAUCACGUUUUCGACUGUUGGCUUCGGAGAUUACACUCCAGACACGAGACUGGGCCGGAUGAUAGGUUCCGUGCUGAUGAUGGUCGGCGUGGUGGCCUUCUUCAAUGGAAUCUCUGCUGUUGCAGAGGUGAUUUCUGCACACCAGCGAUACUACAAGAACAAGCUGCGCCUGUCGCGUGCUGGCUUCAGACACAUUGACAAGGACGGGAGCGGGCAGAUUAACAAGACCGAGUUUCAGGUUUACAUGCUGCUGCGGCAAAACAGGGUGACGCCGGCCCAGCUAAGACAUCUUGAACGGCUGUUCGUCUGCAUGGAUCGUGAUAGGACAGGGAAGCUCUCCUACGAGGAAAUCAGGGAGGGAUUGCUGGACGUUGACGUGGAGUAG